AUGGUUCAAGAGUAUAGUCCCCAGGAAGUUUUGGAGAAAAUUUUCUACUGGAACCAGUUUAUGCUGAGAAUCUGCGGCCUGGACGUUUACAGCACCGGAUAUUGUUUGGGCGCAAUGGGGUCCUCAACCGUAGCUUUGACGCUAAGUGUCCUAAUUUAUUCAGCUUAUAGUAUGUACAUCUUCCGAGAUGACCGUUUAACCUGCAAUCUGGUUCUGGUGCCAGCGAUAUUUUUCAUAAUUUUGUACGAUCUGCUGCUGCAUAAAAUCGCAGGCUUGAAAGAUAAACCAGAUAAACUACCAAUUCACGACUUCGACGAUUCUGAAUUCCGGUUCAAACUGAGAGAGGUCAUCGAAUGGCACCAAGACUUGAUUGAGUACAUCAUAGAUGUCAAAAAUCUUCUAACCGGUCAGAUUUUCGUGGAAAUUAGCUGCAAUGCAUUGCAGGUUGUUGCAGUCCUAUUCGUACUGCAAAAUGUCAGUUGGUGGCCAGGUUUCACACUUACCCUUACCUGCCUGAUCCAAAUGGGUCUGAUGUGUUAUCUGGGAACUCUGAUUGAUACAAAAGACGAUCUUUUAUCCGAAAUGAUCUACGAUGUGCCCUGGCAUUCGAUGGAUCCCGUCGAACAGAAGAAGAUCUUGCUGAUGCUUGCCGUUGCCCAGAACUCUACCAAUCUUACCUGCGGUCAUAUGGCCCAGUUGAAUUUGAAUUUUUAUCUACAGAUUAUCAAGAAGAUCUAUUCAAUUUUGAUGAUGUUAAAAAAUAUAUAA